GCGGCGCCAUGUCGUGUGAGGGCAGCCGCGGGGCGCCACAUGACUCGCCCGGCCUCGGCUGCCCUUAAAUUGCGGCCGGCGGGCGGCCCGGGCAGCGCCCGGCAUCGGCCGCAGAGCUCUCACCAUGGUCAAUGAGACCCAGCACACCUGCAGUGCCAGUUCCAGUUCCAGGUCUGAUGGCGGCAGCAGCAGUGGAAGUGAGAGCUCCAAGGACAACUCGCGCUGCUCCACCCCUGUCCUCGACAGUGACCGACACGAGCGGCUGCGGGAGAAGAUGCGCCGCCGGCAGGACGCUGGAGACAAGUGGUUCUCCCUGGAGUUCUUCCCUCCACGCACAGCCAAUGCUGCUGUCAAUCUCAUCUCCAGAUUUGACCGCAUGGGAGCAGGUGGUCCCCUCUUCAUUGAUGUGACAUGGCACCCUGCAGGGGAUCCAGGAUCUGAUAAAGAAACCUCUUCCAUGAUUAUUGCCAACACUGCAGUCAACUACUGUGGCCUGGAGACCAUCCUGCACAUGACAUGCUGCAACCAGACCAARGAUGACAUCACAGGGCAUCUGCAGAAGGCCAAGCGGCUUGGGUUGAAGAACAUCAUGGCACUGCGUGGAGAUCCUGCUGGUGAGGAAUGGGAGGAAGAAGUAGAUGGUUUCAACUAUGCUGUUGACCUGGUUAAGCAUAUUCGCAAUGAAUUUGAAGAUUACUUCGACAUCUGUGUGGCAGGCUACCCCAAGGGUCAUCCUGAAGCAGAGAGCUAUGAGGCAGACCUGAGGCACCUGAAGGAGAAAGUCUUUGCWGGAGCAGACUUCAUCAUUACACAGCUUUUCUUCCGACCAGAAACCUUUCUCAAGUUCAUGAAGGAUUGUCAAGCUAUUGGCAUCACCUGCCCCAUUAUUCCUGGCAUCUUCCCUAUACAGGGUUACCACUCCCUGCGCCAGCUGGUGAAGCUCUCCAAGCUGGAAGUGCCUCAGGAAAUCAAAGAUGUGAUUGAACCCAUCAAGGACAAUGACGCAGCUAUCCGGAACUAUGGGGUGGAGCUGGCAGUGUCCAUGUGCCGGGAGCUGCUGGAGAGUGGAAUGGUGCACGGGCUCCACUUUUACACCCUCAAUCGGGAAGUAGCUACGACAGAAGUCCUGAAGCGCCUGGGCUUAUGGAGGGAGGAUCCCAGGCGGCCUCUACCCUGGGCAGUCAGUGCUCACCCCAAGAGAAGAGUGGAAGAUGUCCGGCCAAUCUUCUGGGCCUCCAGGCCAAAGAGUUACAUCUAUCGAACUCAGGAGUGGGAUGACUUCCCCAAUGGCCGAUGGGGUAACUCCUCCUCUCCAGCUUUUGGGGAACUGAAGGACUAUUACCUCUUCUACCUGAAGAGUAAAUCUCCCCGGGAGGAGCUUCUGAAGAUGUGGGGAGAAGAACUGACUGGUGAGGAAAGUGUCUUUGAGGUGUUCACGUGUUACAUCACUGGAGAGCCCAACAGGAAUGGGUACAAGGUUACGUGUAUGCCUUGGAAUGAUGACCCUCUUGCUACUGAAACCAACCUUCUGAAGGACCAGCUGGAGAGGGUCAACAGACGAGGAAUCCUGACCAUCAACUCCCAACCRAACAUCAAUGGCAAACCAUCCACCGACCCCAUUGUAGGCUGGGGGCCCAGUGGAGGUUAUGUUUUUCAAAAGGCAUACCUAGAGUUCUUCACCUCCAGUGAGAUUGUCACAGCAUUGCUCAAAGUCCUGAGAAAAUAUGAGUUGCGAGUGAACUACCACAUUGUCAAUGUCAAGGGCCAGAAUAUCACCAAUGCUCCAGAUCUGCAACCCAAUGCUGUCACCUGGGGCAUCUUCCCAGGAAGGGAGAUCAUCCAGCCCACUGUAGUGGAUCCUGUAAGCUUCCUCUCCUGGAAGGAUGAGGCCUUUGCACUGUGGAUCGAGCAAUGGGCCAAGCUGUAUGAAGAGGAGUCGCCCUCUCGCAUGAUCAUCCAGUACAUCCAUGACAACUAUUACUUGGUCAACCUGGUGGACAAUGACUUCCCACUCGAAAACUGCCUCUGGCAAGUUGUGGAGGAUACUUUUGAGCUGUUGAACUCUCCAACUCAGCAGUGAAAAUUCUUCUUAUCUCUUACUUCCUCCUCCCGUGCACUGACUUUGGGGAAAGCAGCAGCUCCUGUGCUGAUGAUGGACAACACACUCCUAAACUCAGUGACCAGGCUCGUGCUCUGAUCUACCCACACUGUGUGCUCUUCUGUCCCCAACAAAGGCUCCCUGAGCAGUUCCCAUUGAACAGUAACCAGAACUACCUGGACCACUGAGCUGAGGCUCCAGACUAAGCCUGAAGGCCAGGUCUGCAGGAUCAUGAGCUGCUGAUCAUGGUUAUGCUGAUUACAGUAAAAUGAGAACACAAGCUUCUGGGAUUCUGGUAACUUUCCCCUACCACAAAUGCUGGUAUGGGGACAGAAACACUCCUGUCAGCUGUACCUAUGUAAGGGGAUUAUKUCAGCAGUUGCCAGCCUGGAAAAGAAGGUCAAAUGGUUUUUAUAUUGCACUCCUAAAAUGUAUUUCUUCAUAGUUGAUCAUCAGCAUUUUUGCACUCACUCCAGAAGAAGGUUCAAUUUUUUUCCUAACUUUUCUCCUUUUAUUGUAUUUCCUUGUUUCUUUUUAAUAGGACUGUAUGAAUUUCCAUUCUGGAUAAGACUAAGUAGGAAUCACACUAUUUCUUAGAUUAUGUACAAUAAAAAUACAUACAAAUGUACUUUGUGCUAGGCCAUGCUCUAGCAGAGACUCAUGGUGUUUGCUGAUUAAUCAGCCUGGCACAAGGGAAAACAUUCAGAAAAUCAAGUGUUUCUGGGGCAGUUCUGCCUUCACUUUCACUGCAGGCCCUGAAUCUGGCCAAAGCUCCAUGGUAGAGCAGAGAAAGCUUAAAUCUUAGAAUUUACCAAAAAUAAUAGUUACACUAUUGGGCUCAGUUCUGCAAGGUCACAGGAGGUGUGGUGUCCUUUUCCUGUGCUUGUAGGGAAAGAUAAGCUUUGAUCAGGAACAAUAACCUAUCUUUCCUGACCUAAUGACUCUUAACAGCCUUAGGCCCCACAGCAUUAAAAUAAGGGGUUGGGGAGGCUGCUGAGGCUGCUUGUGUACUUAACAAUCCUGCAACGCUGCCACAGGCUAGAAAAACAAGACCUGGGGCAGUUCCCAGUGGGAUUUCAAGAUCCCCACCAUGCUGUGAGCAUCUCUUUCAAACAAGCAAGGAAGAAAAGCCUUUUCCAGAUUCUUCAGACCCUCUUGUUACAGCUGUCUGAGACCGGGCUCAUAUAUCCAGGGUAAUUACAGGGCAUYAAUCACAGAGGCAAGUAAUGGGAAGGCUGGGGAUCAGACACGCCUGUCUUGCCUUAGCAAAGCUUUUGGUGCUCAGCUGUUCCCAGCAGGUUUCUUCAUCCCUUCCCCAKUCAGCACAGAAAGAAACCAGCAGGAAGCAGUCAGGAGGUUGGCCACCCACUGAAAGGCUUAAUGAAGAGCUGAUGGACCUAGAUAGGGGGAGGAGGUGGGAGCCAUGUGGAAAUCUGCCCCACACCCCCAGGGUAAAAGCUAAAUCUAAAGACCUGUGUUUGCACCUACCUAAUCCAGACUUUGAAACAGGAUGUAGCACCCACAAACUCCUGCUCAUCUCUCAGAUUGUAUUUGCAUAUCCUUGACACAAAA